AUGAGAUUUCAUGUGGUGGUGCAGACGCUGAAAGGGAACAUCAGAGUGUUCUGCCGUGUCCGCCCCCUGGCGCCGGGCAGCUCAGACGUUGAGAAGCUGGAGAGUGGGCAGCCGGUCCUGGCAUUCCCUCCAGCCGGGGAUGCCACGACAGCUGGCGUGGAGCUGACAGCCUCCAACGGCAACAAGAACACCUUCACAUUUGACCAAGUGUUUGGGCCAACAGCCUCGCAGGAAGAGGUGUUUGAGGAGAUUUCUCUCCUAGUGCAAAGCGCUCUGGACGGCUAUAAGGUGUGCAUCUUCGCCUAUGGCCAGACUGGCAGCGGCAAGACACACACCAUGCUGGGUACUCCGGACCAGGCCGGCCUCAUUCCCCGGGCGGUCGAGCAGCUGUUCACCGCCGCGCGAGCGCUCGAGGCAUCCCAGGGCUGGACAUUUGAGAUGAAGGCCUCCAUGCUGGAGAUCUACAAUGAGGAGUACAAGGACCUCCUCGGAAAGGGCCCUCCUGCAGGCAAGAAGCACACGGUGACGCACGACGAGCGCGCGGGGAUGACGGCGGUGUCGCACCUGGAGGCGGUGGAGUGCGCUGACCCGAAGGCAGUGCGUGCGCUGCUGGAGCGGGCGGCGCGGCUGCGCGCGGUCGGAGCAACGGCCGCCAACGAGCGCUCCUCGCGCUCCCACAUGGUCUUCCUGCUCUCCAUCCGCGGCGCCAACGCCACCACCGGCCAGCGCCUCAACGGGAUGCUGAACUUGAUCGACCUGGCGGGAAGCGAGCGGCUGAAAACGUCGGGCGCUAGCGGAGAGCGGCUGAAGGAGACACAGGCCAUCAACAAAAGCCUCUCCGCCCUGGGUGACGUGAUCGCGGCGCUGGGCAGCAGGGAGGCGCACAUCCCCUACAGGAACAGCAAGCUGACGUGGCUUCUGCAGGGCUGCCUGGGCGGGGACGCCAAAAUGCUCAUGAUCGCCAACGUGGCGCCCACUCUCAGCGCGGCCAACGAAUCCCUAUGCAGCCUGCGCUUCGCUGCAAAGGUCAACGCCACUGAGAUUGGCACCGCCCGCCGCUCCACCAGCUUUGCCAAGUGA